UUAUUAUUAUUGAGGCGCCCUCGACCUGUCCGAAGUUAGUCGCGUUUGUGCCAUCGUGCUGUCAACUUCUGUCGCUAGCUUUACGCCGCUUAUUCAGCGAAUAAAAUGUGAUUUUUGAAAUAAAUAGGGGGUGCAGCAACGACGGACGAGUGAUGUAUUUGCAAUGCAUUCGCCACGUAAGAAGUGAUCAUGUCGAGAGUGAAGUGUUGGGGAAAAAUGGCACGAGUACAUGUGUUGUGUAGUCUCUGGAAACACAGUAAAUGGAGGACUAACGUUGCGAGCUAACGCUUUGUCACAUUCCAUAGUCUUAGUGCCAUAUUCCGAGAUACCUCAUAUGUAAGUCAAUCGGUGAUGGGAGAAGACAGCAGGCCCCUUCUGGGGGUCCCCAAGAUACACAAGGUCUUGCGCAAACUGCGACACAAACACCAUUGCGCCUACAAGGCUUCCACCCUCAAGAAAUGCGUCGUCUUCGUCAUUCUACUCAGCAUUAUACUCAUCAUCAUCUACUCGCAGUACAUAGGGCACUCGCCCUCCUAUCUCACAGGUCUGAUCCAGAGAAGCAACCGCCCCGAGCCGAACAUCCGCUGCGGCACCAUGAACGGCGGCCCCCGAAUCCCACAAAAUCACGACCACAAAACCGAGGCGCGUCUCCGGAGCUAUCCCAAAGUCCUCGUUUUCGUCGAGACGAUCUACUCGAAGCUGGGCAGAGACAUCGCCGAACUCCUAGUCCACACCAGAAUCAAAUACAAGGUGGAGGUUGCCGGGAAAAGUCUUCCCGUGUUAACGAAUCUCGACAAGGGCCGCUACGGAGUCAUCGUCUUUGAAAAUUUCAACAAGUAUCUACAAAUGGACAAGUGGAAUAGGGAGUUGCUCGACAAGUACUGCCGGGAGUAUUAUGUAGGGAUGAUAGGGUUCAUAACGCCGGAGGAAGAGACCUUUGUCGGGUCGCAACUCAAAGGAUUUCCCCUCUUUAUACACACAAAUCUCAAACUAAAGGACGCCGCUUUGAACGCCGCUUCCCAGAUUUUGCGUCUGACUCGCGCCGGAGAGACUGCCUGGGGCGAGCUCCCCUGCAACGACUGGACGGUUUUCCAGGCCAACCAUUCCACGUAUGAGCCUCUGGAAUGGGCCCACCGCAGCGACGAUUACCAACCUACCGAAAGUAAAUUUCCUAAUUUAUCCCAAAGCUUUUUCUUUAAAAUUCUCUUAGGUAACGUGCGCACUCCCCUUCCCACCGUCAUCCAAGACCACGGCCUCUUUGACAACAUCCAACGUGUGAUUUUCGGCUCCGGUUUGAAAUUCUGGCUCCAUCGCCUCCUCUUCCUCGAUUCACUCAGUUAUCUCAGUCACGGCCAACUGUCGCUGUCGCUCGAUCGUCGCCUCCUGGUGGACAUUGACGACAUCUUCGUCGGCGAAGUGGGCACUAGACUACGUCCCGAGGACGUCAAAGCGCUCAUUGCCACGCAAACGCGAAUCCAAACGAUGAUUCCCGGGUUUAAAUUCAAUCUGGGCUUUUCGGGGAAGUACAUUUAUCAUGGGAAUAGCGAAGAGGAUAAAGGUGACGAUCUCAUCUUGGAAAAUGUCGAUAAGUUCAUGUGGUUCUCGCACAUGUGGAAUCAUCAACAACCACAUCUUUACGAUAAUCUCACCGUGUUGAUGGAGGAUAUGAUGUUGAAUAAGAAUUUUGCCAAAGAAAAGGGAAUUCCGGUCGAUUCCGGGUAUUCGGUCGCGCCGCAUCAUUCCGGAGUUUAUCCGGUGCAUGAGCUGUUGUAUACGGCGUGGAAGAAAGUAUGGAACAUUAGAGUCACCUCCACCGAGGAAUACCCCCAUCUCAGGCCGGCGAGGUUGCGAAGGGGUUUCAUUCACCGAAAUAUCAUGGUUUUGCCUCGUCAGACUUGCGGUUUGUUCACACACACCAUGCUUAUUGAGAAGUACCCUGGGGGUAGAGAAAAACUAGACGAAUCGAUACAAGGAGGCGAGUUAUUUCAAACAAUUGUAUACAAUCCUAUUAAUAUUUUUAUGACUCACAUGUCGAAUUACGGAAACGAUAGACUAGGUUUAUACACUUUCGAAUCUGUAAUAAAAUUUAUACAAUGUUGGACCAAUAUUAAACUUAGUUCAGCGCCACCUCUGCAACUAGCCGAAAGUUACUUCAAGUUAUAUCCCGGUGAAUCGGAUCCUGUUUGGGGGAAUCCGUGCGACGACCUUCGUCACCAAAAAAUCUGGUCCAAGAACAAAUCGUGCGAUUCUCUCCCGAAAUUUCUCGUGAUAGGGCCCCAAAAAACCGGUACUACGGCCCUGUACACGUUUCUAUCUUUACAUCCUGCGAUUGCUAGUAAUCUUCCAAGUCCGGACACCUUCGAAGAAAUCCAGUUUUUCAACGCGCACAACUACCUCAGAGGAUUAGAUUGGUAUAUGAAUUUUUUCCCCGUGGAUUCCAACUCCUCGCACUACUAUUUCGAGAAGAGUGCGACGUAUUUCGACGGCGAGUUGGUCCCCAAGCGGGUGCAUGCCCUCCUCCCCCAUGCGAAGCUAGUUACGAUUUUGAUUUCUCCAGCCAAGAGGGCGUAUUCGUGGUACCAACACACGAAAGCUCAUGGGGACAUCAUCGCGAACAACUAUAGUUUCCACCAGGUGAUAACGGCGAGUGACACGGCCCCGAAGCCGUUGAGAGACCUCCGAAAUCGGUGCCUUAAUCCGGGGAAGUACGCGCAGCAUUUGGAGCGGUGGUUGACGUUUUUCCCGCCUCAGUCGUUGCAUAUUAUCGACGGGGAGGAGUUGAAGUCGAAUCCGGUCGAGGUCAUGAACGAAAUGCAAAAGUUUUUGAAGAUAACGCCCUUUUUCAAUUACACGGAGCAUUUGAGAUUUGAUCCGAAGAAGGGGUUUUAUUGCCAGGUGGUGAGUGGGGAUCAUACCAAGUGUUUGGGGAGGAGUAAGGGCCGGCAGUAUCCUCCCAUGGAGGAGAAGUCGCUCAAGUUGUUACAGAGGUAUUAUUUGAGUCAUAAUACGGCGUUGGUCAAGUUGAUGAAGAGGAUUGGCUUGAGGAAUAUUCCAAAUUGGUUGAAGGAAGACUUGUCUGAUUCACCAGCGUGAAUUUUCAUUGUACUUAUUUGGAUAAGUCGGUGUGAUAUUAAAUUAGAACAAUCUUGGAGAUAAUAAAUGGUAAUUUUUAUGAAAUGACAUAUCAUGGUUGAAUUUUAGGCAAUACUAUUCUAAAAUUGAAAUCAAUUAUGAGUUUUUGAGGCGUUGUCCAUUUUUCAUGUUGGAGUGUUUUUAGCUAGAACAUGAUUGUGCAAUAGUUUUUAUUCCUUGCGUCCACGAUGUGAGCUUAUUAGGUGUUUGAAAUAGAUUAGUUUUCAUUCAAUUCAAGCAUAUCCAUUGACUGAAUGUAUUAGGCUUCGCGCCGUCCUAUUCCAUCAAAGAAUAGAACGCAAUUUAAUUUAUGUGUAAUAAUCGUGUAUAUAUUUUUAUUUAUAAACAAAUUAAUACGUGCCAUUUUUUUGUACAUAGUUUUCUAAUUGUGGCAAUUUCACGAUUGUUAGAUGAUCUUUCAUGUCUAUUUUACGAGAUUGAUGUAUAUUGCAUGUAAUUUAUAACAUUCUAAAAUCACACAUUGAUGUAAAUAUUUCAGUUAUUGCAUAGCUGUUAAAAGUGGUAAAAUGACAAUAAAAUGAUACAACAUUCA